GAGCAAAGACAGUGUGAACAGGAAAUCCGCAGAAUCUUCAAAAACCCUGACGUUCAAUAAUUCAUUCAUUCUGAGGACAGCAUGUUUGUUAAGGAGCGUCUUAUUACACUUUUCAAACAGAACUGGCAGCACACACUGACAUAUUGGAGUGUGUUCUUUAGUUUUGGACUCUGUAUAGCAUUCCUGGGGCCGACUAUAUUAGAUUUGAAAUGUCAGACCAACUCAACGCUACAGGAGAUCACUUGGGUUUUCUUCUCGCAGCAGGUCUGUCUACUUAUUGGCAGUUCGAUUGGCGGUGUUUUCAAGAAAACGUUGCUCAGUGCCCUCUCUGCUCUCUUCCUGUCCUCUCUCCUCAUUUCUCUGAUCUUUGCCAUCAUUCCUCUCUGCUACAAUGUGCUGCAAUUAGCCAUAGCCAUGGCUGUGUCAGGACUGGCGAUGGGUAUCAUUGAUACAAUUGCAAACAUUCAGCUGGUGGUUCUUUACCAGAAAGACUCUGCAAUCUUCCUACAGGCAUUGCACUUCUUCAUUGGCUUUGGUGCUCUGGUGAGCCCCCUGAUCGCAGAUCCUUUCCUGUCGGAGCACUGUCCCAGUAUGAACAGCACAGAGGAUGAGGCAAUAAUGCACCACUUCAGACACAGUCUGGCAGGCCUCAGGAGUCCAAUACUUCUCAACCACUCCGAGCACUCUGAAGGCGUCGUAGAGCAGUCCAAUGUGUCCUAUGCUUUCUGGAUCAUGGCUCUGAUUAACCUGCCAGUACCCAUUGCAGUGCUUGUGCUAAUGUACUUCGAGAAACUGAUCCCAUGUUGCCCGAAUGGCUCUCCACGUCUUCUGGACAAAGAUGAGCUGGCCAUGGAGAGCAACACAACUGAGUGCGCAGAGGCACAAGAGCAAGAAGCUGGAGGCCAUGGAGACCUUUUUAGCUGCUGUAUGAAUAGUAACCUGCGUGAGCUUCCUGCCUCGUUCUUUGGAGUCCAUAUUCUGGGAGGACUGGUCCUCUUCAUGACUGAUGGCAUUGUGGGCGCCUAUGCUGGUUUUGCGUACACGUAUGCUGUGUCGGCUCCAAUGUCACUGGAUGCUAAAACAGCUGGCUAUUUACCCUGUAUCUUCUGGGCUGCUAUCACUGGAGGAAGAUUGAUGUCCAUUCCACUGGCCUAUCGUUUCAGACCAGUGUACCUGCUCACGUUUAGCCUGGCUGGUGUAAUAGUGACGGUAUUGCUACUGCUGAUUUUCUACACUAGUAGCAUAUUCCUGUUCGUUGGGACAUGUUUACUUGGGCUUUUCCUCAGCAGCAUCUUUCCAUGCAUGCUUGCUUACACUGAGGACAUUCUAAACUACCAGGGAUGUGCCACCACUGUCAUAGUGACCAGUGCUGGAAUGGGUGAAAUGGUCCUCCAGGUCGUGGUUGGAUCGAUCAUUCAGACAGAAGGCAGCUAUAGUUUCCUCCUCUGUGGCAUGAUCGCUGGCUGCGUUGGAUUUGCUCUCUUCUUUGGCCUCAUGCUGUGUCACUACUUCCACAGAAACUACCUCAGAGGAACAUCUAAAAAGACAGCUAUGGUGGAGCAGCCAGAACCUGUGGUGGCUACAUGUGAAGCUCCAGAGAGAGAAGAGGAGAAAGCAGAAGAGAAAACAGAUGAGAAAAUAAGGGAGAAAAUAGAGAUGAAAACAGAGAAGAAAAAUGAAGAAAGCCAAUAGUCUCUAUUAUUGUAGAUUUGAGUAACCUGGUCCAAACUAAUCCAUAAAUAUGAAACUGCUGAAACUACUGGGAACAUACAGUACUUCAUCAUCGAGUAGUAGUUCAGAGUAAGUACGCUACUGGGUCAGAGUGAUAUCUUCAAAUGUAAUGUUAUGAUCCAGGAGUUUUCUCGUAGUAUGGCAUCAAAGUUUAACCUUUCAAUAUGCCUGCAUAAUAAUGAAAACAUAGUCUUCUCAGUUACAAGCUAAUGGCUAAACCUGUUUUCAGGAAAUCUAAUUUUGCUAAGUAUUACAGGAAGACACUGGGAAGAGAUGGAAUAAACAAUUAUGGUGACCAUAGGACAUGCUUGUUCAUAGACUCUCAGUGAUUUUUGUCCAGUGAAAAAGCAGGAGUAUCUUAAGAUGCAAAUCUGAUUUAUACUAGGGGCAAUAGGCAAAAGUCAAUAGAGUUGGAUCAUGUUUCCACUAUAUUGUAUGUGCUAUGUAGUCCAAUCUAUCACCCAGUCCACUGUUCUUUCAGAAUUAUUUAUCUUAUUUAUUGUUGUGAAAUGUAUUUUGUAAAAUAUAUCUGAGGAGUUUCUUGGUAGUGAAUCUGGCUGCAUAUUGUCUCUAAAAGCUUGAUGAAUGUGGGCCUGUUAUUCCAAUGCAGCCACUUCAGAAACUGUUGCAUUAUCCUUUUGCUGGUCUGUAGAUACAAUACAAUGGUUUUACUGUAAUAAAUUCUUUUAAAAAGAUCUGA